UUAGGCCGCGGCGAAAUUGGCCUCGGGGCCUCCGAGGCCUGGGAUAGAGUGUUCAAGGGCUUCCAUGAGGAGAAAGCAAGUUCAUGUGACCUCGAGAUUUCGUGUGCACACAUGCUCAAGUAUCAAAGAAAUUGGAACGUUACUUUGGUUCCUUGUGAAGAGGGCUACUGUACACAAGGUGAUGUCGAUCCCAGAUUGAUGAUAUUGGUAUUCACAGUAGCGAGACGGAUCGGUUCAGCUAUUUCACGUGGCUCAUCCUCCAUACGUUCUUCGGAUGGGACAAGAUCAUCCGUUCCCGGCCGCAGAUUCCAUCACGGUUUCGUGCCGUCCGUCUUGACAUCGUCACAUCCAAGUGUAAAGGAGAUUACUGAUCGAGAUCGUUGGAAAAUAUAG